GGCGGGGAGGGAUGGGCGUGAGCGCGGAGCCGCGGAGCCUCGCCGUGGCCGGGGCCGGGCUCGCGUCCCCCGUGAUCGAGAAGGCGCGCUCUGCGCUGUUGCCGCCGCAGGACGUGGAGGACACGGUGGAGACGCUCAUGAGCCUCUCUAUGUAGUUCUGGCUGUCAUGGAGCACUGAGCUCCAUGUAGAUCAGGUUGCCCCUCUGCCUCAUCCUCUGGAAUGCUGGGAUCAGAGAUGUCUGCCACCAUGCCUUGCUUCCAUGCCAGUUCUUACAGAAGCAUGCAGGAGACAGGAGUUGUGUCUCCUCUUGUCUUGCACCCUUGGUCAUAGGGAUGAUGGCCACAGGGGUCUUUCCGGGUGUCACCAAGAGAAUCAGUGGAGCAGCACAGAUGGAGUUACAUCCGGUGAUCAAGGCUUUCCUCUGUGGUUCCAUCAGUGGGACCUGCUCCACCCUCCUCUUCCAGCCUUUGGAUCUCCUCAAAACACGCCUGCAGACCUUACAGCCCUCGGACCUACGGUCCAGGCGUGUCGGGAUGUUGGCUGUGUUCUUGAAGGUGGUUCGCACAGAAAGUCCUCUGGGCCUUUGGAAAGGAAUGUCUCCUUCCAUCAUGAGGUGUGUCCCUGGCGUCGGAAUCUACUUUGGCACUCUGUACUCUUUGAAGCAGUAUUUCUUGCGAGGCCAUCCUCCCACCGCCCUGGAGUCCGUUAUCCUGGGCAUGGGCUCACGCUCUGUCGCAGGAGUCUGCAUGUCACCCAUCACAGUGAUUAAGACACGCUAUGAGAGUGGGACUUACAGCUAUGGGAGCGUCUAUGCAGCCCUGAGGAGCAUCUACUGCAGCGAGGGCCACCGGGGCCUCUUCAGAGGCCUGACAGCAACUCUGCUGCGUGACGCGCCCUUUUCAGGGCUCUACCUGAUGUUUUACAGCCAGACCAAAACCGCAGUGCUCCAUGGUACAGACCAGUUAGAUGUUGCUGUGAUGCCCCUGGUUAAUUUCAGCUGUGGGAUAUUUGCUGGCAUUCUGGCUUCGCUGGUGACUCAGCCUGCAGACGUGAUCAAGACUCACAUGCAACUCUCCCCAGUGAAGUCCCAGUGGAUUGGCCAGGCAGCCGUGCUCAUCUUCAAGAACCAUGGGCUGCGUGGCUUCUUCCAUGGCGGCGUUCCCCGGGCCCUCCGUAGAACUCUGAUGGCUGCCAUGGCAUGGACUGUCUAUGAAGAAAUGAUGGCCAGGAUGGGUCUGAACUCCUGAAAGAGACGGCUGGGGAAGGAAGAUCUGCCGUCUUGCCUGGUUCCUGAUGUGGGCCGCUGCAGCUCACUUUUCCUGGAGCCCCCAGAGCCUCAGAAGUGGAGUCCCCAGUGCCCACAGCUCCGGACACACUGCCAGUCAAUACACAGGAGCUGGGAAGCAAGCCUGGUUGUCCCACAGGCUAUCUGAGAGGCAUUUCUAGAGAGACCUCUGCCAGAUUGCUCUGUUUGGGCCACCUACCUCCAUCACAGGACACCGUAGAUUUGCCUAGAAGCCAGGAAUACCACAGUAGAGAGGUUGUGGGCCUCCUGCCAUGGCUGAGGGCAGGAGUCUCAAGUUAGGGAAGACUGGACCCAAGCGCUGCCGUGGACCAGUGAGAUGGCUCAGCAAGGAAUGUCAGCUUGUCGGGUGACCUGCAGUGGGUCCCAGGAAAGUCAGCUUGUCAGGUGACCUGCAGUGGGUCCCAGGACUCAUGGUGGAGGGACCUAGUUCCUACAAGUUGUUCUCUGACUUCCUCAUGUGCACUGUGGCAAGCACCCAUAUCCAAUAAGUGAAUAAAUGUAAUUUUUUAAAUAAACACAUCAGUGGA